AAAAAUAAUAUUAUUAAAUAAUAAUAUGUUAAUCAUAUUACGAAAAUAAAUUAAAUUACUAAUUUAGUUUUAUUUUUAUAUAUUCAUAUUUCAUAUUGAAAAUAUGAAUAUUGAAAUAUUGAUUUGAAUGAUUGAUCAAUUUGUUUUGUCGGCCAAUUUUUAUUUACACAUGUGACUCGUAUGAUCAUGAUUUUUGAAACGGAAAUCAAAGUCUCUUGGCUUUUUCUCAUGAACAGAUUUAGAAAUAUAUUGAUUCUUAAAAUUUUAAUAAACCACUGCUUCGUCUGGUGUCUAUAAUAUAAAUACUAAUUUUCUACCAGAUUGAAAAUUUUUGAUGUUAAAAUCUGGAAUUUAUAGAUCCAAUGUCACAUUCAGUAAAAAUUUAUGAUACAUGUAUAGGGUGUACUCAAUGUGUACGAGCCUGCCCCACAGACGUAUUGGAAAUGAUACCUUGGGACGGAUGUAAAGCUAAGCAAAUUGCUUCCGCACCAAGAACCGAGGACUGUGUGGGUUGUAAGAGAUGUGAAUCCGCCUGCCCCACGGAUUUUUUGAGUGUCCGUGUUUAUUUAUCAUAUGAAACAACUCGCAGCAUGGGUCUAGGUUAUUGAUACGUUACAAAAAAAUCCACUUGAAUCAAUUGAUUCCUCUUUACCGACAAAAGCCCGUACUCGAGAAAAUAUAUUAUUCUAUUCCGAGCACGGGUUUUUCUGGUCAAACGUAUCUUGUCUUUAUCACGAGUUAUUUUCCUUGGUUAACAAUACUUGUUGUUUUGCCGAUAUCCGUCGGUUCUUCCAUUUUCUUUCUUCCUCAUAAAGGAAAUAAGAUGUUUAGGUGGUAUGCUAUAUGUAUAUGCUCGUUGGAACUCCUUCUAACAACCUAUGUUUUCUGUUAUCAUUUCCAAUUGGACGAUCCAUUAACCCAAUUGGAGGAAGAUUUAAAAUGGAUAGAUGUUUUUGAUUUUCACUGGAGACUGGGAAUCGAUGGGCUUUCCAUAGGACCUAUUUUACUGACAGGAUUUAUCACCACUUUAGCUACCUUAGCGGCUUGGCCAGUUACUCGAAAUUCGCGAUUGUUCUAUUUUCUCAUGUUAGCAAUGUACAGCGGUCAAAUAGGAUUAUUUUCUUCUAGAGACCUUUUACUUUUUUUCAUGCUGUGGGAGUUAGAAUUAAUUCCUGUUUAUUUACUUUUAUCCAUGUGGGGGGGAAAGAAACGUCUCUACUCGGCCACAAAGUUUAUUUUGUACACUGCGGGGGGCUCCAUUUUUCUCUUAAUAGGAGUUCUAGGUAUGGGUUUAUAUGGCCCUAAUGAACCCACAUUAGAUUUUUCAAAAUUAACUAAUCAAUCAUAUCCUGUGGCAUUGGAAAUAAUAUUAUAUUUUGGAUUCCUUAUUGCUUAUGCUGUCAAAUCGCCGAUUAUACCCCUACAUACGUGGUUACCAGAUACCCAUGGAGAAGCACAUUACAGUACAUGUAUGCUUCUAGCUGGAAUCUUAUUAAAAAUGGGCGCAUAUGGACUUAUUCGGAUCAAUAUGGAAUUAUUACCCCACGCUCAUUCUAUAUUUUCUCCCUGGUUGGUAAUAGUGGGAACGAUUCAAAUAAUCUAUGCAGCUUCAACCUCUCUCGGUCAACGGAAUUUAAAAAAAAGAAUAGCCUAUUCCUCUGUAUCUCACAUGGGUUUCACAAUUAUAGGAAUUGGUUCUAUAACCGGAAUGGGACUCAACGGUGCCAUUUUACAAAUACUCUCUCAUGGAUUUAUUGGUGCUGCGCUUUUUUUCUUGGCAGGAACGAGUUGUGAUAGAAUACGUCUUGUUUAUCUCGACGAAAUGGGGGGGGUAUCGAUCCCAAUGCCAAAACUAUUUACCAUGUUCAGUAGUUUUUCGAUGGCUUCUCUUGCAUUGCCAGGAAUGAGUGGUUUUGUUGCGGAAUUAUUAGUAUUUUUUGGAAUAAUUACUAGUCCAAAAUACCUUUUAAUGCCAAAAAUGCUAAUUACUUUUGUAAUGGCAAUUGGAAUGAUAUUAACUCCUAUUUAUUUAUUAUCUAUGUUACGUCAGAUGUUCUAUGGAUACAAGCUAUUCAAUGUUCCAAACUCUAAUUUUGCGGAUUCUGGACCACGAGAACUAUUUGUUUCAAUCUGUAUCUUUCUACCCGUAAUAGGUAUUGGUAUUUAUCCGGAUUUCGUUCUCUCGCUAUCAGUUGACAGGGUGCAAGCUAUCCUAUCUAAUUACUUUCAUCGAUAGUCUUUCAUUAAUAAUACGGAAAUAUAAUUUUUGUCUUUGAUUUUAAGAUUUUUAAAAUCGUUCGCUGUACAAUGCAAAAGAAUAAAGUGAAUUAGAAUUGUAAUGAGAUGCAUUUUGAGUUUUUGAGAACCGUUUUGAAUAAGGAAUGAUUCAAACGGUUCUCAAAAACUCGCACAAACAAGAAGCUUUUUAUAUAUAUAUGGGAUGAUGUUCUUAUGUAUUCUUUAUGUAGUUUAUUCAAUUAUUUAUCUGUGUAGUUUAUUCAAGUAGAUGUUAAUGUGAAUGAACCAUAACUAUGUAGACCUAUUCCUAAUAGAUUGAUUCCAAAAUAACAUACCCAAAUUAUAAGAAAUCCUAUAGAAGCCACAAGUGCCGAAUUCAUACUUUGCAAACUUUGAUUUGUUCUACUUCUAAUAUGUAUUCUAGUUCUAGUAUGUAAAUAAAUCGCGAAUAUGGUCCAAGUAAUAAAAGCCCAAGUUUCUUUGGUGGUCCCAAUUCCAAUAAGAUCCCCAUGCCUCAUUAGCCCAUACUGCUCCACAAAGAAUGCCUAUGGUUAAAAAGGUAAAUCCUAAACUAAUGACACGAUAACUCCAAUAAUCCAAACGUUGAGUCAAUUGAUAUUUAUAAUAAUUUCGAAAUGAAAGAAAAGAAGUGUUUUUAAAAACACUUCUUUUUUCAUUCAAAUAUUGAAUCUCACCAAAGAAAAAUGGUUUAAUUAAGAAAUUAUUACCUUUACAAAAAAUAUCGAUGUUUUUUCGAAAUGUAAUGACUAGAAGAGCGACUGAUAAUAGUGAUCCGCAUAAAAGAGCUGCAUAGCUUAAUAACAUCAUACUUACGUGCAUCAUUAACCACUGAGAUUGUAGAGCAGGUACUAAUAUUGCGGAUUGAUGCAUUUCAGUUAAAAAACCCGACGUGGCAAAGCCUUGUGUAAAAAUGGUACUUGGUGCGGUUAUUGUGCUUAAAUCAUUUUUAUGGUUCCCCAUCUUGGAAAUCAUAUGAAUAAUGGAGAAACUGCACGAAAGGAAGAUUAAUGACUCGUAUAAAUUACUUAACGGAAAAUGUCCUGAAGAAAUCCAACGAGAAACUAAUAAUCCUGUUAUAGAGAAAAAAGUGGCUAUCAUCCCUUUUUCCAAUGAAUCACGCAAUCCUACGAUUUCGCGGACUAAUAAGAUCAUUAAAUGAAUCGUAAUCACAAUUGAAAUUAUCGAAAAAGAGAUAUGAGUUAAUAUAUGUUCUAAAGUUGUAAAUAUCAUAAAAAGGGGUCCCAUUAGAGAAUUUAAAUCGAGAAUUGAAUACAUUAUAGGAUCCAUUGUGUCUCUUUUAGAGGAUUUAUUUUCUAGGAUUUCAAGGAUGCCGCCACUCGGACUCGAACCGAGAUGCUCUAGCACUGCUUCCUAAGAGCAGCGUGUCUACCAAUUUCACCAUGGCGGCUUACUUGAAAUAAUAAUAGUCAAUUCAUGUUGAAUCGUCGAGAAUCAAGGAUUCAAUAUAGUUUAGUAAACAUUAGAAUCGAUAAAUCAAAAUUCAUUUAAAUUCCUAUUUGAAUCUCUAUUCAAAAAAAGAAUCUUUAGUUGGGA